AUGGCGAAGUUUGUGACACCCGUGAUUCAGGACAACCCUUCCGGCUGGGGCCCAUGCGCCGUGCCCGAGCAGUUCAAGGAUAUGCCCUACCAGCCCUUCAGCAAAGGAGACCGCCUGGGAAAGGUGGCUGAUUGGACGGGAGCCACGUAUCAGGAUAAGAGAUACACAAACAAAUACUCGUCGCAGUUUGGUGGUGGAAGUCAAUAUGCAUAUUUCCAUGAGGAGGAUGAGACUAGCUUCCAGCUGGUGGAUACGGCACGAACGCAGAAAACGGCGUACCAGAGGAAUCGUAUGCGAUUUGCACAGAGGAACCUUCGGAGAGACAAGGACCGUCGGAACAUGCUGCAGUUUAGCAUGCAGACGCUGCCAAAGAGUGCCAAGCAGAAGGAGAGAGAUCGUUUGCGCCUACAAAAGAAGUUUCAGAAGCAGUUUGGAGUGAGGCAGAAAUGGGACCAAAAGUCACAGCAGAAGCCUCGUGACUCCUCUGUGGAAGUUCGCAGUGACUGGGAGGUGAAAGAAGAGAUGGAUUUCCCUCGGCUGAUGAAGAUGCGCUACCUGGAGGUGUCAGAGCCACAGGACAUAGAGUGCUGUGGAGCCCUAGAAUACUAUGACAAAGCCUUCGACCGCAUUACAACGAGGAAUGAGAAGCCACUGAGGAGCAUUAAGCGCAUCUUCCAUACCGUUACUACAACUGAUGACCCAGUUAUCCGCAAGCUGGCAAAGACCCAAGGGAAUGUAUUUGCCACAGAUGCCAUCCUGGCCACACUGAUGAGCUGCACUCGUUCUGUCUAUUCCUGGGACAUCAUUGUCCAGAGAGUUGGAUCCAAGCUUUUCUUUGACAAGAGGGACAAUUCUGAUUUUGAUCUCCUGACAGUGAGUGAAACGGCCAAUGAGCCACCACAGGAAGAGGGCAACUCCUUCAAUUCUCCGCGCAACCUUGCCAUGGAAGCUACCUACAUCAACCAUAACUUCUCCCAGCAGUGCCUGAGGAUGGGAAAGGAGAAAUACAAGUUUCCCAACCCAAACCCCUUUGUGGAGGAUGACAUGGAUAAAAACGAAGUAGCCUCUGUUGCGUACAGAUACCGAAGGUGGAAGCUGGGAGAUGACAUAGAUCUCAUUGUCCGCUGUGAACACGAUGGCGUGAUGACAGGAGCAAAUGGAGAAGUGUCUUUCAUCAACAUCAAAACACUGAACGAAUGGGAUUCCAGGUAUUGCAAUGGAGUAGACUGGCGCCAGAAGCUCGACUCGCAGAGAGGAGCUGUGAUUGCCACAGAGCUGAAAAACAACAGCUACAAGCUAGCCCGCUGGACAUGUUGCGCGCUCCUGGCUGGAUCAGAGUAUCUUAAACUGGGGUAA